ACAUCUGCACAUCUGCAGGUUAUAAGUUAGGUACCUUAGGUAUCUCGGUAGUGUUUGGUAGAUGUAGGGCAUGUAUUGUACGCUAGGUAGGUAGGUAUUGUAUUGUAUGUACCUCGAAAAACUUCCACCACUCGAAUCCUGAAUCCUGGCUACCCCAGCGACACACCCCUUUCGCAUAUAAUAAAGGAUCGACCCUCUCCCAUCUUCCAGUCCUACUUUUGUUUUUCGACAUGCUCUUCUUGCACAUCCGCAACUAACAACCUAAGCAAGUCAUAUGUGUCGCCAAUAGACCACGCGGGGUCUUAGACAACCAUGAAGAAGUUUGGCAAUAUUUAUCUUAUCGCGGCCACGUCCGUCAUCGGUGGCGCGCUGUUUGGUUUUGAUAUCUCAUCUAUGAGUGCUAUUAUCUCUACCGCCCCUUACAAGUGUCAAUUUAAUCAACAAGGCAACAGACCUGGAACCAAUGAGUGCCAGGGUCCGGACGAUGUCGUACAGGGUGGCAUCACCGCUGCCAUGCCCGGUGGUUCUUGGCUGGGUGCCCUCAUCUCUGGUGUUCUUACUGAUAUGUUCGGUCGAAAGACGUCUAUUCAGAUCGGUGCUGUUAUCUGGAUAAUCGGUUCUAUCAUUGUUUGCGCUUCCCAAAACAUCCCGAUGCUCAUUGUUGGUCGUAUCAUCAACGGUUUAAGCGUGGGUAUCUGCUCGGCUCAGGUCCCGGUCUACAUCUCCGAAUUGUCGCCGCCGUCUAAACGAGGCCGGUUUAUUGGAAUGCAACAAUGGGCCAUCACCUGGGGUAUUGCCAUCAUGUUCUUCGUGUGCUACGGCUCCAGUUUUAUCAGCGGAGCCGCCGCUUUCCGUCUGCCAUGGGGUCUACAAAUGAUUCCUGCCAUUCUACUCUUCUUUGGCUUAACAGUCCUCCCCGAAUCGCCUCGUUGGUUAGCGAAGCACGAUCGUUGGGAAGAGGCCAAGGCGGUACUUGUCCUGGUCCACGGCAAAGGAGACCCUGACUCUCAACUUGUCGCAAAGGAGAUGGCAGAAAUCAAGGAAGCGGUUGACUUCGAGCGUGCCAAUGCCGACGUGUCUUACAUCGAGUUAUUCCGACCUAAGAUGAUCAACCGAACUCACAUUGGUCUCUUCACGCAGAUUUGGUCACAACUCACCGGCAUGAACGUCAUGAUGUACUACAUCUCGUACAUCUUCACAAUGACGGGCUCUGGUGAUGAUGUGCUACUACCCAGCGGUAUCCAGUUCAUCAUCAACGUUGUCAUGACUAUUCCGGCUCUUAUUUGGCUCGACAGGUGGGGUCGUCGUCCGACUAUGCUUGUCGGCGCGUUCUUCAUGUGUCUUUGGCUUUGCAUCAAUGCUGGUCUAUUUGCCGUGUAUUCGCACCCGCCUGCCCCUCACCAGUUCGAUACUCCCGCCAUUUCUAUGGUUAUCAGUGGAAAGCCAGCCAAGGCCGUUAUUGCUAGCACCUACCUGUUCGUCGCCUCCUACGCGCCGACAUGGGGUCCCGCCUCUUGGACGUACCCGGCUGAGCUUUAUCCUCUUCGCGUGCGUGGUAAGGCAGUUGCUCUCGCCACAUCUGCUAACUGGGCCUUCAACUUCGCACUCGCAUAUUUCGUCCCUCCCGCAUUCGCGAGCAUCACCUGGAAGACAUACGUCCUCUUCGCCGUAUUCUGUUUCGCCAUGUUCUUCCACACGUUCUUCAUGUUCCCCGAGACCGCCAACAAGACCCUCGAGGAGAUCGCUGCUGUCUUCGAAGACAAGGGCCCCGGCUCCGUGAAAUACAUUGGUGUCCCGGCAUGGAAGACUCACAACGACCGUUCCAUCAUCAGGGUCGAGCGCAACCUGGUCAGCUCCGAGGAGAAGAUUGACAUUGAACACACUACUUCGGCUAAAAUGUAAAGGCUGAAGGGGGUUAUGUUGUAACGGCGCACCGGUCGCAUCGUCUAGGGAAAGUGGACAGGAGUGUUAGGAUGUUCCAGGACAUCGUAAUGGAUAGCGCGUUUUGGUAAAAUGCGCCUUGUGGAUUGUUCAGAGAGGCGUGUUUGAUAUGAAGUCUCAGGACAUAAAGAGGUUUAGUUAUUCCUUAUAAGUUUUGAACCCUCGAGUUUUUCAUCAGCUCGAGGCCAUAUACCCAUCUUAAAAUGAAUACAAUGAAUGCAUUUAAAAUCACAUAGUUUGUGUUUAUGGCUUGCCUCGUCGAAUAAUUAGUUGCUUUUUUUUAUAAAAAAAAAUCGAAGUUAUCUACCUCAGGUAGGUAGGAAUCUUGAGGAAUAAUUAGGUACCUAGAAUUGUUUUAGUUUAGUAAAUAUUCCUCAAGCCAGUGUGUGACAUUCCAUCGCUCGAAUUUUAGAAUAAUAAUAGGUCCCCGGUUUUAUUUCCAUCUCUCCGCCUUAAACCCAUUCCAAACCAACGCGUAAUCGCUGAAGAAUUAGGUACUAAACAACAAUUGGGCCAACCAAUAGAAUAGGUACUUCGG